GCUGGCAGUUGCAUUCAUUGAUCUAGGGAAUGAAAUGUCAAGAUUCUGUAUAGUAAGCCCUUUGCUGUCUCCUUUUGAUUACCUUGUUCUUCCUAUAAGAAGUACGAUGUAUGAUGUAUGGGUUUGGGGAUGACCAGAAUCCUUACACUGAGUCAGUGGAUAUUCUUGAAGACCUGGUCAUAGAGUUCAUCACUGAAAUGACUCACAAAGCAAUGUCUAUUGGAAGACAAGGGCGGGUGCAAGUUGAAGAUAUCGUCUUCCUGAUUCGAAAGGACCCAAGGAAGUUUGCUAGGGUUAAAGACUUGCUUACUAUGAAUGAAGAAUUGAAACGAGCUAGAAAAGCAUUUGACGAAGCAAACUAUGGAUCUUGACACCUUUUAUACUUUCUGAAGCUUCAUUAUCUUCUGGGGAAAUCAUAUAUAAUAACUGUAUAUUUUCCAUGGUAAGAUCCUAAUAUCUAGCCAUGUAAGUGAAAGGUGGAGAAACAUUGUUUCCCACCUUGAUUUUCAUGUCUUCGAUUUUUGAGUGAUAAUUUGAACCUUUACUUGCCUGUCAUUAUAUGACCAUACCUGAAAUACUAAGUGGAUUUUAAUGACCACAUGUAAGUUGAAGAACCUUGCAAACCAUGUAGUACUUUCUGACUUGUGACUAUCUAAAUGAUGGAGUAUUAUUUAUGUAUCAGGUUUAUUUGUACCAUUGUAGGCUACACUUGUAGCUGUUUAAUAUGUGAAAUCUAAAUGAUACCUUUGACUUGAUGACAGCUAAGACAUGUGUUUCAUGUACUCUAAAGUUUUUAGACUACAGUAGUCUGAGGUUAUUGAAAGAUAGUAAACUGGUUUGUGUUUCUUUUAAGGAGAAGAUGUUAUAAGAAAAUACAGUCUUUUUGUAGGAGUGUUUAUCUGUCUUAAGGUAAUUUGUUUUAAUAUUCUUUUCUUUAAAUACAGAGUGACUGGGGGUGGGAGAAACUAAAAGUUUCAUGGGAAUGCUUCUGUGUGGGAAGGCCUUUUUGAUUUAAAACCUUUUGGACUUAUACUAUUUGUCAAGUUUUAAGAGAACUCAUUUCCCGGGGUCAGAUUAAAGCUUCUAAAAAUAAAUGCUUUCAAUAGCAGGAAUGGCAUUACUUAAAAAGCUGAUGGCAGGGGCCAGCCGAGUGACGCAUUGGUUAAGAGCUGGCUUGGGACGCCAGAGGGCCCCAGUUUGGAUCCCACAUAUG